AUGUCGGGUAAGGUACAGAAGCUUGCAGCUUCUGCCCAACGGCAGAUGAAUGCCGUGGUGGUGUCUUCAGGUCUUAUGCAUAAGACUGUGAAGGUGCGUGUUGGAGUUCAAAAAUGGAACAACCACAUUCGAAAGGAUUUCAAUGGCACUCAACACCUGAUGGUACAUGAUCCAGCAUCAUCCCUCCGAACCGGCGACAUUAUCAGUAUAUCGUCCGGUUGGCGUGUAAGCAAAAAUGUACAUCAUGUAGUACGCAGUAUACUAGCACCUUUCGGCGAACCAAUUGAGGCGAGACCAGCAGUUCCAACGGAAGAACAGAGAAUGGCGGAAAGGAUCGCAAAACAAGACGCCAAGAUAGCAAGGAAGCAGGCGCGCGAAAGGGGUUAUAUCUUGCCAAAAGACUCCUAUACACCAGAAGAACUCCAAACAAUCAAGGAAAGGCGGCAGGCUAAAAGGGACAAAUGGAUACAAGGUUAUGAGGCCGCCAAAGGAGAACCCAUGCCCGACAAGUUGAAGUUUCGUUUUAUGAAUUACCAAGAGAAGGUGGAGUAUUGCGAGGCCAAUGAUCUGCCGAUUCCAGAACACAAGCCAGUGGUAAAGAAGGAGAAGGUAGCGGCUAUGCCACCUACCUCCGAGGAGCUUGCUGCGAUUAGACAACAACGACAAGCAAAAAGGGAAGAACGGUCGAAGUUGUACAAAGAGCGAACAGGUACGGAAAUACCGGAUUGGCAGCUCUAUAGCUGGAUGAAUGUAGCGGAGCGCAAAGAAUGGCACGCAAGAGACCCCGAGACAGCUCGGACGGCAGAGCUCAAGUGGAGAGAAAAUCGGGAGAUAAAGUAUAAUCAGUCGAAGAACUUGUAA